AUGAAACUUGCAGUGAUAUUAUGUUUUAUCCUUUUAACAGCUACAUGUAUUGAAGGUGGUCCAGCGGCUUAUGGUAUAUGUCAAGCUGGUUGCGCUGCUGUUACUGUUGCCUGUUACGCAGCGGCUGGUGCAGUUUUUGGGACGAUUACUGCUGGAGUUGCUACAGCACCUGCCAUAUUGGCUUGUAAUGUUGCUUUUGGACAAUGUUCAGCAGCGUGUGUUGCUGCUGGUUUACUGCCAACACCAUAA